ACCUUCUAAAUAUAAAAUAAUUUUUUUUUGAGCGCAUUCACUGGUUGUUUUGUUGGACAGAAACAGAACAUAUACCUCGUUCGUAUCUGGCAUGUGUUUGAGUGGUGUGAUAUCCACAGAACGUGGUAUCAUUUUUGAGAUAAAGAUUUUUACAUAAUACAGUUACAAUAGAACAAAGAUGACAAACGUAUUGAGUGGGAAAAAUGUUCGAAAUUAAAAUAAAUUUUAUAAACCGAAUCCCCCAAAACCACCGCCAAUUGGUUUUGCCAAUCGCUCUAGGGGUCGGCGUAAUCAUCACAAGUGUUUUGAUUUAUCACUUCUACAAAACAUCAAAACCAUCAAAAUCAAAAGACAAAAAGAAGAUCCUACUCGAGGAUCCCCAAGCGAAAUAUUCGCUACCUUUAAUUGAAAAGGAAGAAAUCAGUCAUGAUACAAGACGAUUUCGGUUUGGACUGCCCACAAAAGACCACGUUUUGGGGCUUCCAAUUGGACAACACAUUCACUUGUCUGCAAAAAUCGGUGAUGACUUAAUAAUCCGAUCAUACACCCCCGUUUCUUCAGAUGAUGACCAUGGCUAUGUCGAUUUAGUAGUCAAGGUGUACUUCAAAAAUGUCCACCCCCGAUUCCCCGACGGGGGCAAAAUGACCCAACACCUCGAAAGUUUAAAAAUUGGCGAUACCAUCGAAGUUAGAGGACCAUCUGGCCGUUUACAGUACCAAGGACAUGGGACAUUUUCCAUUAAAAAAUUACGCAAAGACCCACCACAAAACAUCACAGUUAAUAAAGUUUCAAUGAUUGCGGGUGGUACAGGCAUUACACCCAUGCUACAACUCAUUCGACAUAUCACAAAAGACCCAAGUGAUAAAAUUAAACUAAAACUAAUUUUUGCGAAUCAGACCGAAAAAGACAUUUUGGUACGAAAGGAACUAGAGGAAGUGGCGAAAGAACAUCCAGAUCAGUUUGAACUGUGGUACACUCUCGACACACCCCCAGAAAAUUGGAAAUACAGUUCAGGGUUUAUCAAUGAAAAUAUGAUCAAGGAACAUCUCUUCCCACCAGGCAAUGAUAACAUUGUACUUAUGUGCGGUCCCCCGCCUAUGAUUAAUUAUGCCUGCAAUCCGAGUUUGGAGAAGCUCAAAUAUGAUAAAGAUCUGUGUUUCGCUUAUUAAGUCAAAAAUGCCUUUUUAUCCAUUUGGAAGUGGAUAUUGUUUUACGAUUAGUUGUUUUAGCUUUUUAUGACUGUUAUCCCUGGUUGUUGUUUAAUUCCAGUAUGAUGUAAUAAUACAUUGUUGACUUUUUGUGAAUAAUAGACCUAUUAUUCGAGA